AUGGACAGCCCUCCCGUUGCCCGUGUCGAGUGGAAAUUUCACAUCCAGUCAAAAUGGCAGGAUUUCUUGGUCGGCAAAGACAACGGUUCGGCAACUAGGACACGAUAUCAGGGAUCCCAGAGCAGCAUCGAAUGUAGGCAGACAAUCAAUCUUACCUUAAUUUGCUCACUUUCUGACCACCAACUACAGAGCACCGUGACCUUCGCUAUUAACCAUGACUGUCCAUUAGACAUCAAUGCUACGGACUACGACAUUGCCUUCGACAUAAGAAUCAACGAUAUGGAAAAUCAAUGGGAUAUUACUGAUGAUUGGUAUGCCAUUGAAGGUGACUGGUUGGAAAUGUUUAACCAAUGGGUAUACAAAGAUGAUAAAGGUCCCUCGGACGCGGUUUUCCAACGACGCCAGGAAAAGAUGCGUGAGUUACGGCCCACCUUUCACUUCGGGACUCUGGGCUUGGGCUUCUUCCUCACUACUAACUUGCUGAACCCCGGUGCUAAGGUCAUUGAGAUCGACAAGCAGGUUGGCAUGCGGGUUCCGGGGGAUCUGUUGUUAGUUGGCAAGGUAGUCCAGGCUGCAGAUCCUACCAGUCCUUCCUGA